GUUUACUAGACAUUACUGCGCAUGCGUAGACCACACACACAACACGGCUCUCAGUAAAAGCUUCGUCUUUAGUCACGAGUUUGACUUUAAAUCAGCGACAUAAAAGCGAUAAUGUUUCGUAGAAAACUGACAGCACUAGAUUAUCACAACCCCAGCGGAUUCGACUGUAAAGAUGAAACACAGUUCAGAAAUUGCAUAGUUUGGCUCGAGGACCAAAAAAUCCGGCACUAUAAGAUCGAGGAAAGAGGAAACCUGAGGAACAUCCCCAGCUCAGAGUGGCCUAAGGCUUAUCAGAAGUAUUUGCAGGAUUUGAACUGUCCGUUUGAAGUGCAGGAGCGUCAGGAGGCAAUGGACUGGCUACUGGGCCUGGCUGUGAGAUACGAGUAUGGAGACAACGUGGAAAAGUACAAGAACGUGCAGCCGCUCGCAUCCAGCAGCAGCAACAGCGACAAACCGGCCGACCCCUUGGUUAACCUUGACAGUAACUCCCCGGACUUUAAAGCAGGAGUCACCGCACUCGCAAACAUCCUCAAGAUUCAGAGACAUGACGACUAUUUGGUUAUGCUCAAGGCGAUACGAAUUCUGAUUCAAGACAGGCUUUCCCCGGAAGCUAUCGCCAAAGCUAGCAACAAUAAAGAGGGGAUUCCCGUAGCACUGGACAAACACGUGUUGGGAUUUGACACAGGAGAUGCGACUCUAAAUGAAGCGGCUCAGAUCCUGCGGCUGCUUCACAUCGAGGAGCUGAGAGAGCUGCAGACGAAGAUCAACGAAGCCAUCGUCGCCGUCCAGGCCAUUAUCGCCGACCCCAAAACCGACCACCGACUCGGCAAAGUGGGCAGAUGAGACCAAGUGCUGCAGACGAACCCGAAGACACGCGUUUGAUUUUUGAUUUGUUGCAGCUUCCAUUUUUGUUUGUGCCAAGUUGUUUUGCAGUUUUAAGUUUACAUCAAAGAGUCGGUGUUGAAGUGAGAGAACACAGUAGCUGUAAAUACAAGUUCAUGUCGAGUUUUCACACGUUAUUCAUACGUUUGUCAUCGUCUUUCAAGCUCCUCUUUUCCACACAUCACAAUUAAAUUCAAUUAAACUGAUGUAUCUCCAGCUGCUCUGUCCUGCCCCACAUAAGCUCUUGCUGUUUUUUUUAAAAUAAAUAUUGAAAUGAUUUUUACAUUUCAUUUGGUUUGAAUCAGAAAUGAGAAUAUUGUUGGACUGACAAAAAAAACAGACACCAACGUCAUCGAUUGGAAGUAUGUGAAGUAUGUUAUUUCCAUGUAAAUAAAAAGUACAAACCUUC